AUGACAACUCUUUUCAAUACCUUUCAAAUGAGCCAAUUCGCUCCUGACCAUUCAUUAUUGAUGUUUCUCACCACCACCACCACCAACAAUAACAACAACUUCAAUACAACAACAACCUCCAAUCCUCUUCCCUGCGAUCCAUAUUUGCUUAAUUGGACAUCCUCUCUCCCUCCAAUGAUGACAUCCAUCAAUACAUCAACAAUUCUCACAAUGAAUGGAUUCUGUCCAGAAACUCUUCUCAGUGUUUCUAUUGCCUCUUUUGAGUUAUUCAUCUUUUCCAUUCUCACACCUUUAACCUUAUUGGGUUUAGUGUGGAUGAGAAAAAGCCCACAUUUACAAGCGAGAGGAAUCUAUACCUUAGUAUGGACGAUUGCAUCGUGUUCGUUUGGAAUUGUAUUUCCGGCAUUGAGGUGGACAAUGGGAAGAAGGAUUUUCCCAUGUGGAUUGUAUAUUGUUAUUAUUUUUAACAUUCCACAAGUGAUUUCGUUGCCAUGUAUUUGUAAAUGUUUGGCAUUGUAUGCGAAAUUUAAAUUGUAUCGAUUGUUGGAUGAAAAGAAACAACUCGUGAAUGGUGUUGAUAUGAUGACAAGUGACGUGGAGACUCUUUCAACCAUGACUGGAAUACCAUCAGCAACCACUACGAUUGAUGGAAUGAUUCAAAACUCUCCCAACUCUGCAUCUCAACAACUUCCACAAUCGAUUGGCAAAGAUGAGCCAUCCAAAGCUCAACCCAGUACUCCAACUGUCACUUUUCAAUUCCCUUCGAUGGAUUCCAUCAAAGAAAAUACCACUUCACCGACAACAAUUACAAGCAAUGAAACGACAGAACGAACCUCUUUGAGCUCAUUCAACUCCCGACCAUUCUCUUCGAGUGAUUUAUGGAAAGUUCGAGUGUUAAGGUUCUUAGGCAGUUCUGCAUUUCACAUCAUGAUCGCUGUGGCUGGAUUUUCUUUUCACUCCACUUUGUGGUUAUUAUUAGGAGUGAUUCAAUACGUGUUUCCUGAAAUAGCCGAUUAUGAAGUGGGUUUAUGGUAUUUUUCGAGUGGUUGUGGUGUUCACAAAAACACAGCCAUCAUGGUUGCUGUUCAAUUUUCGUUUUAUUUAGUAUUGAGUGCAUUGGUUUUGAUUAUUUCGUGGUUUUCUGAUCGAGAUACCUAUGGAAUUAAGUUGGAAACUUCUAUUGUGACUCUAUUUUUCUUGUUUUCCAUUAGUGGAUAUUUGAUACUUUCUCAAUUUGAAAUUAUUCGAACGUUGGUGGAUUAUUUUAUUCCCUAUGGUCAAUUAAUGGUUACUUUCACAUUUCUAGAGUUGAUUGUGUAUGUGACUAUUCCUGUUCUUUGGUCCAUUUAUCAGUCUUAUCAUCAAAGAAAAAACAAAGAGGACAUUCCAUUGGACAACAAAAAUAUCGUUGAGAAAAUACUUUCAAAUAAGAAAAUGUUUGACCUUUUGGUUGAUUUCAGUAGAAGAAGUUAUUGUUCAGAGAAUGUCAUGUUGUAUGUGGAUAUUAAGAAUUAUAGAAAAGCCACGAAAAAGGAAACCAAAGAACGAAUUGUAAUGCACAUUUUGAAAAAUUAUUAUGAACGAGGAUCUCCUCUUGAGAUUAAUACUCCUCACAUUGACAGACUAGCCAACGAAUUAUUGAAACUUAUUCAAUCAAAAAACACAUCACAGAUUGACAUAUUUAUGGAUAGACUUUGUGAACAAUGUGUCCAAAACAUGUAUGACGUUGUGUUUCGAUUACUCUUUAGCAAUGAGGAGGUUCGAAAAUGGGUCUAUCGCAAAAGUACAGUCAACAUUGAACAACUAGAUUUGAAAAUUUAG